AUGAACCGGAUCACAGUGUAUGAGCGUGCCGAUUUUGAGGGGCUGAGCCGGGAGUUCACUUGCGAUGUGCCUGACCUGCACGAGUUGGAUUUUGGGAACUGCAUUGCCUCCCUGAAGGUGGUAGGGCAGCCUUGGAUUGCCUACACAGACCCCAAGUACGAGGGGGAGCUACACGUCUUUGAGGAGGGCGAGUAUCCCUCUGUGGAGCGGCCAAACAGCUUCUCAGCACUGCGUCUUGUGCACCAUGACCUAGGGGACCCUCAGAUCAUCCUCUACGAGAAACCCAACUUCCAAGGUGCCUGCAAAGUGGUGACAGAGGAGACCAACUUGGCAUACGGAUACUUCAAUGACCGGGUGGCCUCCCAUGUGGUGCAGCGAGGCGUCUGGCUGCUCUACCAGCACCCUGGCCGGGGUGGUUGGCACUGCCUGGCAUGGCCUGGUGAGCGUCUCGCUGACUACGGACCUGAGCUGAACUUCCAGUCUCGGUUGUCUCAUCUGCGCCCACUGCAGCCAGGGCAGCCCCUGGUGUCUGCGCGCCUCCUCUGGGAGCAGAAGCGGGUGGAGGCAGAGCGGGAGGUACUGGUGGAUGAGAUCGAGGGGGUGAACGAGACAGAAUCGGAGCAGGUCCUGGCGGCCAGCAGCAGCCGGGAGUACAGCACCACGCUUUGGCAGAGCUUCCAUUUCAGCAAUGCCACCAGCCUCAAAGCUGGGCUUUCCUUCACACUGGCUGUGGAAGCCUCCAAUGUCUUCACAGUGCAGAAAGGACGCAGCGAAUCCAACACCCGCCGGCAACGCGUGGAGGUGCAGCUGCCGGCUAAAAUUCCCCCGCGCACGGCACUCAGCAUCCACGUCUUGCGGAAGGAAGUGACAGUCUCCGUCCCGGUCCUGCUCACCAUCACACAGAACGAAGCUGUCAGCACGGAGAUGGGCGAGUACCGCAGCGUCUCCGGUACCAACAUCAGUGCCCGAUACAGCUUGAAACCUCUUCCGGCUUCAGGAAGAGAGCAGACAGACACUGUGGGGACAGCUCUUGGCAAGGGGAUGGAGCUAUAG